AUGGCGUCUCGGAUCCCCCCGUCUCUUGUUGGAUCUGCGCGCCGCGCUAACCUCUUGAAGACGUGGCGGCACGUGAUUGCAGUGCGCGUGGGACGCUUCAACGAGGAAGAGCAGUGCGCUAUGCGCUCCCCCCGUGCGUCGCUCGGCUUCUCCCCUCUGCGACCCAAGCCCGUGGCUAAGCCGCCCAGCAAGAAGCCCAGGCCCAGGGAUGUGAUGGGUGCCGCUGCUGCUGUAAAGCCCAGAGCGACGCAGAGCGGUCAAGCGACCGUCGCAGCUGCAGCAUUUAAAGUCACGCCAGCUAAGGAGACACCAGCAAAGACGACGUCAUCUAAGGCGACGCUGGCUAAGGCGACGCCAGCUAAGGUGACGCCAACUAAGGCGACACCAGUUAAGGUGACGCCAACUAAGGCGGCGCCAGCUAAGGUGACGCAAACUAAGGCGGCGCCAGCCAAGGCGACGCCAGCUAAGGUGAUGCCACCAACUACUAAGGCAACGCCAGCUAAGGUGACGCCAGUUAAGAGGGAGGUGCAUGGAGGGACUUACCCCUUUUUCCACCCUGCUUGCUGGGUGUUGCGGGAGAGAUGGGAGGAAAGGUGGAGGAAUGUGGUGAGCUGGAAUGGGGAGGCAUGGCACGAGGGGGAAGGGCACGCCCUUGGAUCCGCUGCUGAAUCUGUUGCUGCUUACCUGCCUGGCUCUUGA